UUCCCUGUUUUGUGAUUUUUUCUCUCUCUGUUUUUGACUAUUGUUUAUACAAGAAUAAAGCAGAACUGGAGUUCAAGCUGGAGGGGAGCGUCCGCUGUACAAUUCAAUAUCAGUUCCCAUAUUGGCUAUAAUUUGUGUUUUGGGAAAUUGCGCACCGAUUGUCAAAGGUUUGAGUCAUGGCAGAGGAGUGAGGCGCCUUUGCCAAAAUGCCUGUCAACUGGAAUAUAACUUUUUCACGGCGGUCCUAUGGAAUAUAGUCCGAUUUUACACAGUCUACAUGUUGUGCCAUCAUCCCACGUGAAAAACAAACUAUUUGUGUUGUGUAUAAUGCUGUCUCUUUGGGUGUAUAUGAUUUAUUGUUGUGUUGGCUACUGCUCUACUGUGCCAAACCAGACGUACGGCUCGGUGAGCAGACGCGAAAACGAUGCAGAAGUUGACAAUCAGGAGUCCUCUCUCGGGGCGUCCAGGGACUUGCUGAAUAACGAAAAUGAUUUGGACAGCAGAGGCGAAGAGUGGGAUGAAAUCAGAGGCGAGGCGAAGGCGUUGGAUGAUAAUGCCAUGUCAGGUUUCGUAAAUGAGUCGGAAAGUAAAAAGUUGCCCCAGGCGAUCAUCAUCGGGGUGAAGAAAGGAGGGACCAGGGCGCUGCUGGAGUUUCUGCGCCUGCAUCCAGACAUCAGAGCGGUGGGAGCGGAGCCGCACUUUUUCGACCGCAACUACGACAAGGGACUGGAGUGGUACAGGGAGUUGAUGCCCAAGUCAAUAGAGGGCCAGUUGACCAUGGAGAAGACCCCAAGCUACUAUGUGACCAAGGAGGUUCCUGCUAGAAUCUACACCAUGUCUAAAGACACAAAGCUGAUUGUAGUCGUCCGGGAUCCUGUCACCAGGGCCAUCUCAGACUACACCCAGACCCGCUCCAAGAAGCCGGACAUCCCCUCUUUCGAGAGCCUGACCUUUAAGAACAUGUCAGCGGGUCUGAUUGACACCACAUGGAGCGCUGUUCAAAUUGGCAUGUAUGCUAAGCACCUUGAGCACUGGCUCCAGUACUUCCCCAUGGAGCAGCUGCUGUUUGUUAGUGGAGAGCGUCUGAUUAGCGACCCUGCAGGUGAGAUGGCUCGAGUCCAGGACUUUCUUGGGCUCAGGAGGGUUGUCACAGAGAAGCAUUUCCACUUUAACCCUGCAAAGGGCUUCCCUUGCCUUAAGAGACCUGAGGGGAACAGCAAGCCACACUGCUUGGGCAAAACCAAAGGCAGGACCCAUCCUAAUAUUGACCCAGAGGUGGUGCAGAGGCUAAGGGACUUUUAUAAACCCUAUAAUAGCAAGUUUUACGAGAUGACUGGUCAUGACUUUGGCUGGGACUGAGAGGGAAACCUUGAUGACAGACUCAUUCUGGUCCCUUGUCUGUGUUUUUAAAAAAAAUAAUUUUAUCACUCUGAAGAUAUUGUUAUACAGUGUAUGUACAGUAUUUGGUGGAUGUGUAAAAAGUUCAGAAGUCUAUUUUAUGAUAAUUUAUUGUUAUGAUUUUAGCUCACUAAGCUGCCUAACCAUGUUUAUUCAUGAUCCACAACACAGGUUUUAAUUCUCAGUAAGUACAUUUUUAUAAAAGCACAAUGUUUUACGGGUAUUAUGAGCAGGGUCAGUAGCCCAUGUGUUCACAAGGACAUUGGCUUCAUGUGGAUAACCACUUCUCCAUUUUUUUACUUUUCCAAGUUUUGCUUUUGCUUCACCUUAAGCUGAAUGAAAUCGAACUUUACAAACAACUAGUAAUAUCCCCUUAACAUUUGCCUGACCCUCAGAGGUCUGUGGACCCACUUAGUCAGGUCGAUAUAGGCCUCAGCUGAUCCAGUGCCACUUGCCAGGUGGAUCAAUACUGUAAUAGCUCCUCAUCAUGUCAAUUAGACCUGAGUGAUGGCACUGCCUUGAUCUCUUGAGCACCAUAAUAAAACAAGGAUCCAGUAAUGGUAGUAAGUUUAUGGAUGACCCUUGAGCCAACUUUAAGUUAAUAUAAUAAUAUAAACGUCCACUACAAUAUUCUUACUUAACCACUAUUUAUAUCGUUUCUACAAAAGGAAUGUUGAUUGGAUCCGAUUGAGGGUCCUGUCACAAUAGUUUUGGGAUGUUUUUAUCCAUUUUCCAAAAACCUGCUGCACAGGCUCCAUAAUGCCUAAUAAUUUAUUGCUCUUUCCAGAAAAAAGAAUGCUUAAUCGCAUUCAUUGAUCUGUACUGAAAUGGCUCCCAUGGAUCAUCUUAUACAGCUUUUUUUCUUUUUACCACAGGUGAUACUAGAUGUGUUAAUGAUGCCCAUACCCACUAUACAUCAACUGAUGGCAAAUAAGCAGUUCUCUAAAUCUUUGUAGUUUACGUUAUUGCAUUAAAGAGAAUUAAAAAAUAGACCUACUUUGGACCAAAAUUCCUCAUUUAAAUUUCAUGCAUGGUUGAGUUUUAUUCAGCCUUUAUAAACAUACAUUUGUCAGCACAGACUACAUUCGACAAUGAUGUACUGCAACCCCAUAGUUGUUGAGGCACUAUUUUGCUGUAUGCAUUGCUUUACAAACAUGGAAAUGAAGCAAUGUUUGACUGAGAAGGUGAUUUAAAGGUGCCGUCAUGUCAUUUUUAUGAAGUAAGAAAUAAAUCUGUUUUACCAAAAUCA